CGGUCGUUGCGGUUGACUUACUCCGCAUUUCAUGGAAGAGCGUCCAUAAACACUGAGCUCUCUUCUUUGGUGAAAUUUUUACGGUCCUUAAUCUACAUUGAUAGUACAAGCGAUCUCACAGGCAUAAUGUCCUACUCCAAGCGCAUCGACCAGAUUGCAGGCCAUCUCAACUACCCUAAGGGUAUGUUGGCUGGCCAAACUGCCAUUAUUACAGGUUCUGGACAGGGAAUUGGCGCUGAGGCUGCAAAGCUGUUUGCGAAAGAGGGUGCGAAGGUUGUAGUUGCUGAUGUAGAUGCUAAAAAAGCGGGCUCUGUAGCCGCAGAGAUCAACGAAUCUGGUGGCAGCGCCAUAGCUGUGGCAGGCGACGUGCUCGACGAUGCCUACAUCAAGAAGCUCAUCUCUGAAGCCGCUGAGUUUGGAGGCGGCAAGAUCCACAUCAUUGUGAACAAUGCCGGCUACACAUGGGACGGUGUCAUCCACAAGAUGACGGACAAGCAAUGGCACACUAUUGUCGACCUGCACGCGACAGCGCCAUUCAAGAUUGUGAGGGCUGCAGCACCGUACUUCAGGGUCAAGGACGGCGAGCCCAGGAACAUCAUCAACAUCUCAAGCACAAGUGGUGUAAAUGGCAACGCGGGACAGAUCAAUUACGCGCUGGCCAAGGCAGGUGUUACUGGUAUGACCAAGACAAUUGCCAAAGAAUGGGGCCCUCAAUUCGGCGUGCGCGCAAACACGGUUGCUUUCGGCCAUAUUCAGACGCGCUUGACGGCGGCGAAGGAGGCUGGCGCCUUCAUCACGACACCCGACGGCGAGAAGGUAGCGCUGGGUAUACCACAGGCACAGAAGGCGGGUGCUGGUCAGGGCCAGGAGCACAUGGACAUUCCGCUGAGGAGACCUGGUACGGCGACGGAGGCGGCGAGUGCCGUGUUGGCCGUGGCGAGUCCGCUGUUCAGCUAUGUGAACGGAGAGACGAUCAAGGUGACUGGAGGCAGGAAUAUGUAGACAAAGUACAAGAGUCGUGCGACACUUGACAAACUCAACUCC